AAUAUUUUUAGCAUCAACAUGUCUGAGUUACAAAAAGAAAUAUUUAGCUGUAUCGCUAAAAGUGAUGUGGAUGAAUUAAAGAAAAAGUUAUCAGCAUAUAAUGGAAGCAUCGAUUUCACAGAUGAUAAUGGAAUGACACCACUUCAGCAUGCAUCAUAUAAAGGAAAUAAAGAAGGUGUUCAGCUAUUACUUGACCUUGGUGCUGACGUAAAUUCAGGAAAACACGAAUUCAACUAUACAGCUCUUCAUUUCGCGGCACUUUCUGGAAAUGCUGAUGUUUGUUUACAACUUCUUAUUGCUGGUGCCAAUCCAAGUACAUUAAAUUCUGUUGGACGAACAGCUGCUCAAAUGGGAGCGUUUGUGGCAAAUCACAAAGCAGUUUCAACAAUAAAUAAUUUUGUAUCUAAAUCGGACAUUGAAUACUAUACAAAAAUUCAAGGACUUCAAAUGGAACCAUCACUUCCUCCUGCUCUACUGGACUCGUUCCAUAAAUUUGUAAUUCACCCAAAUCUUCAUCCAACAAGAAUAGCUUUAAAUCUUCAACAAUAUGGAGUCGUAUCAGAUAAUUACAAAAUCGUUAAAAAUGUACUGGAUCUUAUGACUGAACGUGAGAUGAAGAGGAAGAGUGAAACAAAUGAGCUUAUGGCAUUUAAAUAUCAUUAUUUAUCAUGGAUUAUAAAGGAAAUCAUUUCAUGUCGUGAUCAUUUUCUAGCUCGAAAUCAAGAAAAGGAUUCUAAGUCGGAUUAUUUAGAGAUGUACAUUAAGCGUGUCAUGAAACAAAACAAAGAAGGACAAAUGGAUUACAUGGAACUUACAAUUCGUGAGUGUGUCAGAGAGUUUCCAUUUAGAGAAUGUAUGAUAUUUCAGCAAGUCGUUCGUCAAUUAGCAGACAAAGAAAAUCAAUUUACAGCUUUAGAAAUCAUCAAACAAGCCAUCAAUGGACAACGAGGAUUUCAGGACGUCAACAUAUUCUGCAGUACAUGCGGAGAUGAAAAGCCUGACAAGAAGUGCUCAAAAUGCAAACAAGUGCAAUAUUGUGAUCGUGAAUGUCAGCGUCUUCAUUGGUCAAUCCAUAAGAAGGAAUGUGCACGAUUAUCAUCACAACCAGCGCAAAUAGCAACAGCUCCAUCAAAUGGUAAGAAAGAGCCAAUCGAUCAGGCGGAACUGAGUGAGGAGCUUCAAAAAUUAGUUGCUGGAUAAAAUGAGGCGCACAACUUAAUGGCUGACAUGUAUGUUUUGGUAUAGAUAGAUGUAAAAAUCUUUUUGUAAUGGAUAUAAAAUGAAUUAAGGGAAACGAUUUUACUGGCUGAUGAUAUUCUUAAUCUCGAACUAUGUUAUGUUGAGAAGGAGUAACAACAUCCUGUAAGAGAUUCCCAAAAUGAAACGAAAAAUAAAGUUUAAUUGUCAUUUCAA